GUAAGUACAUCUUCCUAUACUUUACAUUGCACGGAUCCCUCAACAUACGAUGGAUUCGACAAACGAUGGAUCGUUUGGAACGAAUUGCCAUCGUAUGUUGAGGGACCACUGUAUGUUGUUGAGUUAUGAACAAUUCUUCCACAGUCAUAUCCACCUCUAAUGGUAUUUCUGUCCAAAUUAAAGAAUACAUAGACUGCAAUACACCAAAUGUAGUUUAUGUGUUCACCUGCCGAGAGUGUGAGGUGCAGUAUGUCGGGUGCACCUCACCCGAUAGGCCUUAGGAAGACCUGGCAAAGGAGUAGCCAUGGAGACUUGGCAGGAAGAAACUGGGUGAAGACAUCGCUUGUGGCAAGAAGAUCCCUAGCUCUUAAUGUCCCCGGUGACCCAGUCGAGGCUAGGCGAAUGACGUUGGAGCCAGGGCAAGCCCAGAAGAAUUUCAGAAGUGCAGUAGGGUAGCAAAAAAAAUUCAAUAUGUUCAUGAUGGUGAACUCCAACAGUCAUGAGUAGCGGUUGAGUGCGGUAACGCACGGUGCAAACCAGUCUCUCUCCAUUGACGGAUGAAAUGAAGAGAGGCUUGACGAGAACUGGAAUGUUGAAUCUGUUUACUAGGGAGGCUUCAAUGAAACUUCCUGCUGAACCCGAGUCCAACCAGGCCACAACGGAGAAAGAAGUAGCAUUAACGGGUAUAGCAAUCCGCACAGGUAAAGUCAAUCGUGGAGAGGUAGAAUUCCCUCCUAGCAACGACUCUCCUACGUUAAUGCGGAGGACGGAUAGGACAGUCUUUUAGGAGAUGUUCGAUGCUUGCACAGUAUAGGCACAGGUUUUCAUUCCUACGGCGAGUCCUCUCUUGUUGGGUCAGGCGAGACCUCUCUUGUUGGGUCAGGCGAGACCGAUCCACUUGCAUAGCCUCCUCGGCAGGAGGCACUGGAACAGAUUGCAAAGGACGUGGAAAGAGAGGAGCCUGGGAGGGAAACCGCCUGGUGUGAACAAGAUCCUUUUCCUGAUGCCCUAGAGAGCAGGGCCGCGCGCGCCGGGACUGAGCAGAAGGACGGGAUCGGUGAGUGAUACGGGAUGCGAUCCGCGGACAAAGGACACAGAGCAGCUGCAGGCAAGAGAGUAACGCUGCAAGCGCUCCGGAGGGGAAGCGGGGCCCGGAGCGCUCGGCGUUACACAAAGGAGGUAAUGGGGAGAAGUAUAUAUGUGAUAGGAGGUCAUAGGGAGCAGUAUAUAUGUGAUAGAGGGUAAUAGGGAGCAGUAUAUAUGUGAUAGGAGGUCAUAGGGAGCAGUAUAUAUGUGAUAGGGGGUCAUAGGGAGCCUUAUAUAUGUGAAAUACGGGGUCAUACAGAACAUUAUAUGUGAGAUAGGGGUCAUAGGGUGCAGUAUAUAUGUGAAAGGAGGUCAUAGGGAACAGUAUUGUGGUUUCCCGGUACAGGACAUGGUCCUGUACCCUUCCUAAGUCCCCUCAGGAAGAGUCCCUGCAGUCCAUAAGGCUCUCCUGCAGUGCUCACCCCUUGCUCGCCUUCUUAAAUGCAUUGUAAAUGUAUUGUGCAUAUUGUUCUUUGUAUAUAAAGUUGUACAAAUGUGUAGGACUUUCCUGGCUCAUGUGAUCUACUGUCAUGUGAUGUACCCAGAGUUCCCUGGGUACAGGACCUACAGGCUUUGCAACCAAUGGGCUUUAGUCCAGCCCCCCUAGUCAAGCCCCCCUUAGUUCCUGGCUACAAAGCAAGCACAAUACCUGCAUCUACUAAAUUCAUCUCAUCUAGGCCAAAGCCUAAAGUACCUGCAGCCACUUCAAAACGUGAGUUAUCAAGCUCUACCUACAAUUUCUAGUGACUACUACUCAACUCAAGUAUACCAUUAGUAGCACAGUGGUCUGCAUAAAUCUCAAUACUUCAAGUCCCAGCAAGCCUUUGAGGAAUCCUGCAUCCCGGUUGCCUUUAGGGAAACUGCAUAAUUGUAAAGACUGUUUCAUAAGAAGUUUAAGUAAAAGUUCCAGUUAUUUUCACAAUUCCUGCUAUGGACAUUCCUCGAUUGCCUGCCGUUUCUGGGUUGGUUGUCGGUAGGGCCUUAUACAGAAAACAACCACACCCUGUCGUCAUAACUAUUCAGGAGUUAAUAACACCUUAUCCCACAGGGUUAAUACCACCAGACCCUGCUACACUGUUGCAACACCCCAGACACCACAAGUCUUUUGGCGUCCUACGAACAGGAUACGGGUGUGUGCCUCUAAUAUCUCAGCUACCCUGAUCCCCCGCAAUGAAAAACAGGUGUACGCCAUUAUUACAAGUGCCAUAGUCCUCCCCCUAUGGAGGAAUGUGUAUAGAAUACUGUCCAGGAUUUUUGCAAGUAGCAAUUGACAUUGCGCCCAAAAGUGUACAGGACAUUGUUGCUGAAAUUGUGCUUUGCCUAGGCGCUAGAAAAAGUAAGGGGGAGGGGAAGAAUACUGUAUUAUGGCCAUGUGUAAAAUCAGGAACGAAGCCAUGCUACGUGCUCAGCUGCAGACCGUACCUGAAAGGGUUAAGGCAGAACCCGAGAACCCGAAAAGUCUUGCGCUGGUCUGCAUCCCGCCCUUGGGCGUGGACAUUAUGUAGCUGUUCCUAUGCCGAAGUGGAACUGUUAUCUUCUGCUUGUGCUUGCCGGGGGACAGGAAGUCAGAGCUGCACCGAUGACGUCCUUCCGGCUGGCGGUCAUUUUGUUUAAGCCUCAUAUGAAAGCAGCCACGCGGCCAGACCUUUACAGUCCGGAGAUGGCAGCGAGGUGUAUGGAGAUGGCGGAGCCCACAGCAACAUGUGAGGAGAGCAGCAAGAUGGCGCCGGAGCAGCGGAAAGUUGCCACGGCCGCAGCGCAACUUUUCCAAGAACUUGCUGACCGCUUGCAUCAGUUGUCCCAUGGGGCCGUGGAAGACUGCAACCUGCCCCCUUUUCCAGAGGACGACGAGUGGCCAGCCGCCCUGAGAGGGGAAUCACCGCAGACUUCACGACCUGCAUCGCCGGUGAGACCGUCCCCUCACCACAGAUCCUGGGGAUCGUGGGCGGAGAUCACAACCGAGGAGUCGGAUGUAAGUACGCUGGCCGAAGCCUCCUCCAGCCCUGACAGGGAACCCCUAGCACAGAUGUCUGCACCUGUUAGCGCACGCCCGCAGUCACCCCCCCUUCCACAGUGGGUGUUCGGCGACGAGCCUGCGCUCAUACAAUACAUGCGGGACCACGUCCUUCCCCAGCCAGGGAAGUCCCAUCCACCGGUCCCCACAGCUGAGGCAGAAAGGGCCCGCAGGGAGGCUGAAAUUGCCGGUAUCUUUGAAAAGUUAAGGGCCCAGCAUAGAGAGAGAUAUGGGCCGAAACGCCUCCCUUAUGAAGUCCAGGCAGAGCAACAGAGGGACACUAAAAAGUUAGAAGCUCUAUACAUUCGUAUGCUGGACUAUCCUCAAGAGGGUGAGCCACCCUUAGAGCACCGACGCGCCACAGUUGUAAAAUUUUACAAAGCAAGAGGCUUUGGUACCCUCCAGGACUGCCGGCAUAGAGGGACCAUAUUAAUCAAUAGAAGGGCUGUUCAGCAGGACUACCUGCCUAGAAGAUAUCACUCCCUAGAGCGAGGGGAGAUUGUAGAGUACACCAGUCAAGAGUGUGCGAGGUGAAUGGGCUGCAGCCAUAACUAGGCCCAAGAAUCAAACACAGAUACCAUUUAUAUACUUCUCCUCGGACGACUGGGACGCAGAUCCCCACGGGAUUCCGCCAAUGAGGUUACCAGAGUCAGCCUGUGAAGAAGUGUACAAGGUGCCCAUCAUGGAUCCCAAGCACAUGUCAAGGUCCAGUUCAGCAUCAUCUUUAACAGAGAACAUGCCCAGGCCUACUCCCUCUGAGGAGGUGAGGCCUGACCAACGGGCACCAACAUAUGUGCAUAGGCCUACUCCGGAGCCAGAGAUGUGGCCUAAACAGCAGGCACCAACUGAUGUGCCGCGGCCUACUUCACCUAAGGAGGUGAGGCCGAACCGACCGGCACCAACUGUAAUACCAGUGGCCUCAGCUGCUGCCAUUAAUGUUGUUGUGAGCAUGAACACAUCAGUGGCACAGUCCCUGCUCACAAAUGUUUCUUGGGACACUAUUGUAAACCCCAUGAGGGAAGCCCAACCUCGUGCUCCUCUCUAUAUGUCGCAAAGUAGGAAGCACGCUGAUAGGCGAGGUUGGGAGGAAAGAAGAUCCAACUUCUGAAAUAGUUUUUCAGUCACUAACUGUGUGGUACACCAGUAUCCUCUUGUUUUUACAGGUUUUUUUCAGUUCUGCAACAAGUUCAAGAUAAAGUGCCUGGCAGAACUAUGCCAAGAAGUUCUCCUGUUUGCAACGUAACUACCUUCAUAAGUUUGUGCCCAGCCCCUGGCCGAGAGACUCCUUGCCUGAGGAGAUCCUAGUAAGUUUGUGCCCGGCUCCUGGCCGAGAGACUCCUUGCCUGAGUAGAUCCUAGUAAGUUUGUGCCCGGCAUAGUCGUGUUUUCAUUCAGGACUCCAUAAUGUAGGUGGACUGUAGAGCCUUACAUGACCGUUAAUGUAAAUGUUAUAAUAGUAAUAUAUUUUUGUGUACAAAAUGUUGCACUCCAACAGCAGGUAAAUGUAACUUUUGUGCUGCCAAGCAAAUAAGAUUUAUGGUUACAUAAAAUGUCAAAAAAUGUAAGUGGUUUACUGUAUAGAAGUAUAAAAUCCCUGUACAUAAGUAUAAAAUCCCUGUACAGAAGUACAUAAUUCCUGUACGGAAGUAAAGGAAAAAAAUAUAUUUCUUAUAGGUGUUAUAGUGUUUUCUUAAAGGUGCUCUCCCAGCUCCUCUGGGAGUAACAAUAAACGCCACCCUUCACUAGUGCCUAAUCAUCUAAAAACCACUCAGAUAUCAAGACUGACUUCACAUUCAUAAAAUCCAGUGUACACAUAAUUCAGUACAUAAACUUCAGUAGUAUACAUUCAAAGUCCAGUACACAAAACUUACUAAAAUUUCAAAUACCUAUUUCACAAGCAAACAAGAAAAUGAGUCUUAGGGACUGUAACCUGUUUAUUAUCAGUCCAUACCACUGUUGUGCACAAAUGACAUGUACUAAUGUGUUCUUUUGUCUUUAUGUGUCCAGGGUACUUUACUGGCCAGAAGGUAUUCCUGUAGCUAACUAAAAAAAAAAAAAAAAUACACGUAUCCAAAAAGGUAACAGUAAGUGUAAUUGUUAUCUAGAUCCAGAGUUCUAGGGGUAAGUGUGUAGUACCGAUAGACCCUAGUAGCUAAGGCAUUGGACAGAAAGCCUCAGGCAACCCAAUCCGCAACCAGUAUAUAACAAGGGAAAUAAUAUGUGGUAUUAUAUCAAAUAUAUGUCAAUAAAAAAGGUAACAGUGAGAUUAAUUUCAGUAUGUAGAAGCAUUGCAGUCAUUGUACAUACUUCAUGUCAAGUGUAAGUUAAAAAUAUUCUAUAGUCAUUGUCAAUUAUCUACAUGUCAGUCAAAUGUCAGACAUAAAUCAAAUAUCAAAUGUCAUGUGUUGAUAACGUUUUCAGCUAAAGACGGAUGUUAUAGCUAGGAUAUAACUUAUUAUAUCUCAUGCAUAGUCAUUAGAGAUGCAUAAUCUAAUAAACUAAAGUAGAAUGGGGAUACCAAAGGUAUGAAAAUGUGUUAUUUAGUAAAUUCUAAAAUGAAAAAAAAAAACAUAUUUAUCCCAUCCUGUUCGUGAAUAAGUUCCAGAGCAUGUAUGGACAUUAUUUAAAUGCACAGAGACUCUAUAUAUUCUUUCAUCAUUUUUGUUAUCAUCAGCCUGAACUGGGACGUUUGGAUUAAUGCUUCAGGACUGCAUCCGGCCGACUGGCCAUUCCGUUCCUCUCCCUAAGGGGACAUACGUCGGGGACGACUUUUAUUAAGUAAGGGGGUUUGUGGUGUCCGAGUACAGGACAUGGUCCUGUACCCUUCCUAAGUCCCCUGCAGUCCAUAGGGCUCUCCUGCAGGGCUCACCCCUUGUUCACCUUCUAUAAAUGCAUUGUAAAUGUACUGUGCAUAUUGUUCUUUGUAUAUAAAGUUGUACAAAUGUAUAGGACCUUCCUGGGUCAUGUGAUCUACUGUCAUGUGAUGUACCCAGAGUUCCCUGGGUACAGGACCUACAGGCUUUGCAACCAAUGGGCUUUAGUCCAGCCUCCCCCCCCCCCCCCUAGUAUAUAGGGGGCUGUAGUCUCUAAAUUCUCUCUCUUAGUUCCUGGCUACAAAGCAAGCACAAUGCCUGCAUCUACUAAAUUCAUCUCAGCUAGGCCAAAGCCUAAUGAACCUGCAGCCACUUCAAAACGUGAGUUAUCAAGCUCUACCUACAAUUUCUAGUGACUACUACUCAACUCAUAUAUACCAUUAGUAGCACAGUGGCCUGCAUAAAUCUCAAUACUAAAAGUCCCAGCAAGCCUGUGAGGUAUCCUGCAUCCCAGUUGCCUCUAGAGAAACUGCAUAACUGUAAAGACUGUUCCAUAAGAAG